GAGAUGCCAGGAGAAAACCUCACCACCUGGAGCUUUUUCUUCCUGGAGGGUUUCUCUAAAUACCCGAAGUUGGAGAUCGUUCUCUUCGUCUUCAGCCUUGUGAUGUAUCUGGUCACCCUCUUGGGAAACAGCACUCUUAUUUUAAUCACCAUCCUGGAUUCCCGCCUUCAAACCCCCAUGUACUUUUUCCUUGGGAACCUCUCUUUCAUGGAUAUCUGUUACACAUCUGCCUCUAUUCCCACUUUGCUGGUGAACCUGCUGUCAUCCCGGAAAACCAUUGUCUUUUCUGGGUGUGCUGUACAGAUGUAUCUGUCCCUUGCCAUGGGCUCCACGGAGUGCGUGCUCCUGGCCGUGAUGGCGUAUGACCGCUACGUGGCCAUUUGCAACCCCCUGAAAUACCCCCUCCUCGUGAACAGGCAGGUCUGUGUGCAGCUGGCCACCGUGUCCUGGGUGACCGGCUGCCUGACCGCCCUGCUGGAAACCGGUUUUGCUCUGCGGAUGCCCCUGUGCGGGAAUCUCAUCGACCACUUCACCUGCGAGAUCCUGGCGGUGCUGAAGUUGGCCUGCGCCAGUUCCCUGCUCAUGGACAUGACCAUGCUGGCGGUCAGCGUGCUCCUCCUGCCCAUCCCAAUGCUCUUAAUUUGCAUCUCUUAUGUCUUCAUCCUGUCCACGAUUCUGAGAAUCAGCUCCGCAGAGGGGAGAAACAAGGCGUUUUCUACCUGCGGGGCCCACUUGACGGUGGUGGUCUUGUAUUACGGGGCCGCCCUCUCCAUGUACCUAAAGCCUUCUUCGUCCGGCUCCCAGCAGAUAGAUAAAAUCAUCUCUUUGCUGUAUGGCGUGCUCACCCCUAUGUUGAACCCCAUAAUUUACAGUUUAAGAAACAAGGAAGUCAAAGAUGCUAUGAAAAAGCUGCAGGACAAAAUAUCAUCGCAUCAAACACAUGAAAGGAUCUGACUGGGGUCCUUCCAUGUGUA